CCGAACCUGUCAAUCAUCCUUUCGAGUAAGCAGCAGGACCGGCCCAAUUCCUCCUCCUCAUCAUCCUCAUCCUCCUACUCCCCCUCCUCCUCUUCCUCAUCGCCCUCCUCUGUUCCUCUCGGUACCGGCAGAUUCUCGAGCCGAGCCUCGGGUUCGAGUCUUCGAGGACAGCAAGUCAAGUUCGUUCAGCAUUAGAGUGAAUGAGAGGCGAGCUCGUGAACUAAAUCUGCUCGAGAACGCGCUUCUGCAAAUCCAGGUGAAGUUUCAUUCUUCUUUCUGCGGUUUCAUUCUUCUCUCUUCAGUUAUUGUGGCAAAGGAUUCGCUUAAGUGUAUAAACAUGAACAGAAUCAAUCAGUUCUGUGGACAGAUUCAGACAGCAGGAGGAUUUGAGUACAAACUUCCCUCUGAUAUACUGAAACAGACACUCAAUGGAGACUGUGAUCAGAGCUGGUAUACAAAGGACGGGCGUCUGUUAGCAGAUCCAUCAGAUCCACACACACUGAGUGAUCCUGUUAUUUCAGUCUCAUCUGAUCGUCUCGUCACUUCUGACUGUGUGGAUCAACUUCAUCAUGGGAUUCAGUGUGAUGUUAAUGGGUCUUAUUACAGACAUCAGACCAGAUUCAGAGCUUUUUCAUUUGAGAAGAAUAUUGCCGACAUCUCUGUGUCGUGUGGAGAGAUUCAGACAGCAGGAGGAUUUGAAUACAGACUUCAGUCUAAUUUACUGAAUCGAACACUCAAUGGAGACUGUGAGCAGAGCUGGUAUUCAGAGGACGGGCGUCUGUUAGCAGAUCCAUCGUAUCCACACACACUGAUGUAUCCUGCAACAUCUGUAUCAUCUGAUCGUCUCGUCACUUCUCACUGUGUGAAACUUAAUCAUGAGAUCAUCUGUGAUGAAACAAAACUCAGAUUGGACAUCAUGUUCAGAGUGAGGAAUGAAACUGCAGUGACUCCAAACUCAGAUGUUCUGGAUGAAGUGACUCCGUCUCUCCAGCUCUCAGAUCAGCUGUGGUGGUUGUUUGCUCUCUUCAUCAUCAUCUUCAUCAUCUUCAUCUGUUUCAUGCUGCGUAAAAGAAUCUUCAGACAGAUGCACGGUUCAUCUGUCAACGUGAAGAUGAUCCAAAACAGGGAUCUGGUGAAGGUCGGAUCUGCUGAUCCUCGUUCACAGCAGGAAUCUGAAACGAUUCAGUGUCCAGAUGAUGAUCAACAUCAUUAAAUCAACAUCACGGGUGAUUUUUAAUAUGCACUCGCGCCUUAUAUAAAUAAGCAGUACUGGCGAAUUUCAAUUGUCUCAUUAUUCUGUACAUUUUACAAAUAUUUGGGACGCAAUUAUAAUAUUAUUUUUAAAUAUAAUAAAGUAUAUAUAUAUAUAAAUAAACUAAUUGUUGAUUCUUACAACUGAAUUAAUCUAUACUGAAUUUAAGCUGGACAAAAUUAUUCACGUUAUCACUGUAAAGCUGCUUUGACAUAAUAAUCUGCAUUGUAAAAAUUGCUAUAUAAAUAAAGGUGACUUGACUUGACUUAUCAGCACUGGAAAAAAACAGGGAUGUCAUUGUCCAGUUCAAUAACAACA